UGUCUCCUCAGCUCUCCUGUGGUGGGUGCUGUCUCCUCAGCUCUCCUGUGGUGGGUGCUGUCUCCUCAGCUCUCCUGUGGUGCUGUCUCCGCAGCUCUCCUGUGGUGCUGUCCCCGGUAGCGGCAUGGUCUACGCCCAAUCAACAGACACCAUCAAGCCCUCCCUCCUGCCCCUCCUCUCCCCCUCCUUUACCCUCCCCAUGACCUUUAACCUCUCAGACAGGGGCAACACCAGUUCAGCGACACCCUCCAUCUGGAACCACGACGCCCUCUCCUCCUCCUCCUCCUCUUCCUCCUCCGGCCUCCAGAACACCACCCAGGUGUGGUAUGAACUCACCCCAGCGGAGGUGGCUGUUCUGGGGCUGGUGUUCAGUCUCCUGUGGUUGGUGUCCAUCCUGGGUAAUGUUCUAGUGUGUGUAGUGAUCCACCGUAGCAGAAGGAGUCAGUCCACUACGAACUACUUUGUGGUGUCCAUGGCCUGUGCCGACCUGUUGCUGUCCCUGGGCUGUGCUCCCUUCAUCCUCCUCCAGGUGACCUGCGGGGGCUGGCCUCUCAGCGCUGCCGCCUGUAAGGCUGUUCGUUACCUGCAGCACCUGUGUCCUGGUGUCCAGGUGUAUGUUCUGCUGUCCAUCUGUGUGGACCGGUUCUACACCAUUGUGUACCCACUGAGCUUCAAGGUGUCCAGGGAGAAAGCGAAGAGGAUGAUCCUGGCCUCCUGGAUGUUGGACGCCGCUUUCGUCUCUCCCUGUCUUUUCUUCUACGGCUCGGAGGCGGCGGCGGGGGACGGGGGAGGGCACUGUGACUUCUUCCUGCCGGCGGGAAGCUGGGAUGGCGUUCUGUACGGUUCCGUCCAUCUGCUCCUGGGGUUCCUGGUCCCAGCUGUCCUCAUCGUGUGGUUCUACCAGCGUGUGGUCCACUACAUCUGGAGGAUCGGCGCCGACGGACACACGGUCAGGAGAACCAUGAACAUCGUCCCCAGGACUAAAGUGAAGACCAUCAAGAUGUUUCUCAUGCUGAACGUGGUGUUCCUCCUCACCUGGACUCCCUUCUACGUGGUCCAGGUGUGGCACCCUAGUGAGGCCCCGGGCCCCAGCAGACAGGGGGCUCUGGUGUUCUGCUGUGUGGUCUGGGUGUCGUUCAGCUCCGCCGCCUCGAAACCCUCGCUCUAUUCCGUCUACAACGCUAACUUCAGACGCGGCAUGAGGGAGACCUUCUGCACGUCCUCUAUGAAGUGUUACCGUAGCAACGCCUACACCAUCACCGCCAGCUCCCGCAUGGCCAAGAGUAACUACGUGGGCGUGGUGGAUAUCCCAGUGGCGACCAAGACGACGCUCACCAAAGACUCCGUCUACGACACGUUUGACCGCGAGGCCAAGGAGAAGAAGCUGGCCUGGCCAAUCAGAGCCAACCCUCCCAACACCUUCGUCUGAUGGGAGGGGAGGGAGACAGGGUUUAACUAUCAAUCAGAGCCAAACCUCCCAACAACCUUCGUCUGACGAGAGGGGAGGGAGACAGGGUUUAACUAUCAAUCAGAGCCAAACCUCCCAACAACCUUCGUCUGACGGGAGGGGAGGGAGACAGGGUUUAACUAUCAAUCAGAGCCAAACCUCCCAACAACCUUCGUCUGACGGGAGGGGAGGGAGACAGGGUUUAACUAUUGACGCUACAUUUCUGAGGAUGAUGUGUAUUGUUGUAGAGGACAGUAUCUGGGGUGCUGAAACACCGUCUGUAGUGGAACAGAUGAGACCUGACGCUGACUUGCAGAGAGAGGGAAGGUGUUCAAUUGUGUUGAAUCAGCAGCUGGAUUCCACAUCUGUCUGCUACAGUCUGUUAACAUGUCUGUGGUUCUGAAUCCCCUGUCUGUCUGUUAACAUGUCUGUGGUUCUGAAUCCCCUGUCUGUCUGUUAACAUGUCUGUGGUUCUGAAUCCCCUGUCUGUCUGUUAACAUGUCUGUGGUUCUGAAUCCCCUGUCUGUCUGUUAACAUGUCUGUGGUUCUGAAUCCCCUGUCUGUCUGUUAACAUGUCUGUGGUUCUGAAUCCCCUGUCUGUCUGCUACAGUCUGUUAACAUGUCUGUGGUUCUGAAUCCCCUGUCUGUCUGUUAACAUGUCUGUGGUUCUGAAUCCCCUGUCUGUCUGCUACAGUCUGUUAACAUGUCUGUGGUUCUGAAUCCCCUGUCUGUCUGCUACAGUCUGUUAACAUGUCUGUGGUUCUGAAUCCCCUGUCUGUCUGCUACAGUCUGUUAACAUGUCUGUGGUUCUGAAUCCCCUGUCUGUCUGUUAACAUGUCUGUGGUUCUGAAUCCCCC